AUGUCGCGCGUGACGAACGGGAUCGACGAGCAAUCUCGACUCGUCGCGUCGUCCGCCGUCGACGCGCGCGACGACGGUGCGGACGAACGCGACGCGCGAGAUGUUCGACUCGAGCUCAACAUUGGGGAAACGAGCGAACGCGGGCGUCGCGCGUGGUUCAAUCGAUGGACGGUGGGGAUGACGUGCGCGAUCAUCGGUGGCGCCUCCGCGCUCGCGGUGUUGACGACGAACAAUGUCGAGGGCGUGAGCGGGAGCGAACGAUCGCGCGCGUCGGCGUCGGCGCCGCUCGAGCUGGCGGGAACGCCGAGCGCGGCGUCGAACGAUGACGACGGAAGCGGCGGUGGAAACACAUCGUGGGGAGUGGGACCGAAGGUCACGCGCGGUCGCGUCGACGGUGUGUGGAUCGACAGCGUCGAGCGCGUCGCGGCGGCCGCGCGCGAUGCGGACACCGGGAAGGGUGUUGUCGGGACGCCCGGGCGAGGGCAGUGGAUACAGAGUCGCCCGUCCGCGUCGGCAAUCGCGUCGGGUGACGAUACCGACGACGAUUCGCACGUUAACACGACUUGGUCGAACGUGAGCGAGGCCACGGUCGCGGAAGCGUUUCGCGAAUACGCUCGCGACGCGUGGAUCGAAAACUACGCCGAGGCAAAGCGACGAGAACGUCGCGAGGAAUAUUUGAUGAAGCGUGGGAUCGAUCCGAAAGAAAAGGCAGUGCACGCGCUUCCCAAGCUUGGGGCGACGCGGGACGACUGUCCGAGCGCGUACACCGCGCCGCCGGAAAGGUCACUCGGGAAUAAGGGCGGCGGACAGACGGAGAGCGAGCUCGGAAAAACGCCCGCCGGCUUUACCAAGUUCUCCGCUCACAGUACCAAGCUCGCAGAUCUGGCGGAUCACAUUUAUAUUCUGUGCAUGAAAUGCUCUCUGAAUAUCCCGCGUGAGUGGAAAGGGAAGUCAUCAUUCGUGCACGGACUCAAGAUUGACAAGUGUCUUCAGACGGAGGGCGUCAAUCACUGGCUCAAGGCGUCGUUUUCGCACGCGCACGCCAUGAUGGACGCGAUCAAACAAGGAUACCAAACGAUCGCCAUCGUAGAGGAGGACGUCAUCACGCGCGAUCUCGCCGAUAGAAACGAAGGUUUGAGAGUUCUGUACGAAAAUAUGGCGCACAUGAGAGACGCCAUGAAACGCACGCCCGACUGGAAGACCAUUCGUCUCGGAUACAGAACAAUGUUCAUAGAUAGGCCGUGGGAGAGCACGAGCAAGAUCGUGGGAGAUGAGAAGUGUCCCUCGGUAUGUAGGUGCCAUCGCUUGAACGCUUUCACGUGCGUCAUGCGCGACAAAGGGUGCGACAUGCGAUCGAGCGACUUUUACCUCGUUCGUAAGGAGGCGUUUGAGCCAAUCAUCGAGUCCGUGUAUCGCGGUCGCACGAUCGAUUGCGAGGCCCUGUCGCAGGUGUCGAAUCAAAUAUUUGUCACUCCGCAGCUCUCUUUCCAGAGUAAUCUCGACCUGUCCUUGGAGAAACAGUUGAGUCUUUCGUCGGCGUUCGUGCAGGCGUGCGCGGCGUCUUAG